AUGUCAAUAUCACGUUCAAAUAAUGCUGGAACAAAAAAUGGAAAAGAUCAAUUUAAUCGGAAUACAGUUAAGUCGGAUAAAGAUCGAGAAUGUUAUUCAGGACAUUCAGUAAUGGCACCAACUGGUCGUCGGCAAGAGGGUAAAGAUUUAACAUGGCAUGCAAAAAAUCGUGAAUAUGAACAACAAAUAAAAUCAGCAGAAUUUCGUGCAGCAAAAAAAAUUGAAGAAGACGCACUUAUGACCGCAUUAGGCAUGAAAGUUAUGCCGCCGCCGCCGCCGCCACCACCACCACCACCACCUGCUGUUACACCAACUCAACAAAAAUCAUCAAGUAAACGUGAACCACAAUCAAGUUCAAUUAAAAAUGAACCAAUGACACCAGCCAUACAUAAUGAUUCACAUAAUUUAAAACAACAUCAUAAAAAUAAAAAACAUGAUAAUCAAUGGAAAGAAGAUCGAAGACGACGAAGACAAUUAAAAGCAACUGGUUCUGACGAAGAAAAACAUGAAUGGUCAGAAAAUGAUGAAGAUGAUUUAAUAGAUGAUAUUGAUGAUGAAGAGGAUGAUGAACUAAAACAAACAAUCGAACAAAAUAUGAUGACUGAAAAAGAAUUAGAUGGAUUUCUUAUUGAUCUUGUUAAGAAACAUGGUUUGAAAACAAUACAACGAACAUUAAAAUCAAAAAAAGAAAAAAAGGAACGCAAACGACAACAUUCAUCAUCAUCAUCAUCGUCCACUUCCGAAUCAGAAUUAAAACAUAAACAUAAGAAAAAACAUAGUCAUAAAGAAAAAUCAAAAGCAAAAAAACAUCAUAGGACUCGAUCAUCAUCAGAAAAAGAUCAUUCCAAACAUAAUCAAAAUUAA